ACUUUGACGUCAGCGGAAACUGGAGCAAUAUUUAAAGAGGUAGCUGGAGCGUUGUGGAGUCCGGCUUCCUGGGGGAGGACUCUGGCCCUUCAUCGGCAGGAAGAAAGCGGCCGCCGAGGAGCAGGUGAGGAGUGGGCUGGGCACCGGGCCGGGAAGACGGAGCCCGCCUGCGCCUUCCAUGCCCUGGCCGUGCCUACCGUUCGCGGUCGCCUCACUUGAACCAGGAAGCAGCGGAGCCCGAGGCCCGGCUACUCGGCUCUUUCUUUGUGUGGGUCCGGGAACGCUACAAGAAGAACCGGAGAGUAUGUGCUGACUUCACUUGGUGCUCUGUUUAACACUGCACCUCUGGAAAAUUUGUGGGGCAGAAUAGAAGGGUAAGAGGCAUGGAGAGUAGAAAACUGAUCUCUGCUACAGACAUUCAAUACUCUGCCAGUCUGCUGAGCUCCUUGAAUGAACAGCGUGGCCAUGGACUCUUUUGUGAUGUUACUGUUAUUGUGGAAGAUCGAAAAUUCCGGGCCCAUAAGAACAUUCUUUCAGCCUCGAGUACAUACUUCCAUCAGCUCUUCUCAGUUGCUGGGCAAGUUGUUGAACUGAGCUUUAUAAGGGCUGAGAUUUUUGCAGAAAUUCUGAACUAUAUCUACAGUUCCAAGAUUGUCCGUGUUAGAGCAGAUUUACUUGACGAGUUAAUUAAAUCGGGGCAGUUACUAGGAGUGAAAUUUAUAGCAGAGCUUGGUGUUCCGCUGUCACAGGUUAAAAGCAUAUCAGGUACAGCACAGGAUGGUACUGCUGAGACCUUACCUUCUAGUUCUAGUGACAAAAGCCUUGACAUAGAAAAAUCAAAAGAUGAAGUCCAAGAUAAUGGGGCUACAGUAAUGCCCAUUAUAACUGAGUCUUUUUCACUAUCUGCUGAAGAUUAUGAAACAAAAAAGAUCAUUGUUACUGAUUCGGAUGAUGACGAUGAUGAUGAUGUCAUUUUCUGCUCUGAAAUUUUGCCUGCAAAGGAAGAUUUGCCAAGUAACAACACAGCGACACAGGUCCAGCCUAACCCAGCCUCUGUUGCUAUUUCAGAAGUGACACCUUGUGCUAGCAGUAACUCUCCCCCUUUAACAAACAUCACACCUACUCAACUUCCCACUCCUGUGAAUCAGGCAACUCUAAGCCAAACACAAGGAAGUGAAGAAUUGCUAGUGUCUUCAGCUUCAACACAUCUGACUCCUAACAUUAUUUUGUUAAAUCAGGCUCCACUUACUGCACCACCAAGUGUCAGUUCUUCACUCCCAAAUCAUAUGUCCUCUUCAGUCAAUUUACUUGUACAGAAUCAGCAGACGCCAAACAGUGCUGUUUUAACAGGAAACAAGGCUGAGGAAGAGGAAGAAAUUAUAGAUGAUGAUGAUGACAUCAUUAGCUCCAGUCCAGACUCAGCAGUCAGUAAUACAUCUUUGGUCCCACAGGCUGAUACUUCCAAAAGUACCACUGUUGAUGGAUCAUUGACACAGAAGAUGCAGAUUCCUAUACUUCCUCAAGAGCCACCUUCCAAUUCUUUAAAAAUUUCAGAUGUAAUUACUAGAAACACUAAUGAUGCAGGUUUAAGGUCAAAACAUGUAAUGGAGGGUCAGAAGAUCAUUACGUUAGAUACAGCUACUGAAAUUGAAGGCUUAUCAACUGGUUGCAAGGUUUAUGCAAAUAUCGGUGAAGAUACUUAUGAUAUAGUGAUCCCUGUCAAAGAUGACCCUGAUGGAGGGGAGGCCAAACUUGAGAAUGAGCUACCAAAAACAUCUGACAGUGAGCCAUCAAACAAGCGUAUGAAAGUAAAACAUGAUGAUCACUAUGAGUUAAUAGUAGAUGGGAGGAUCUAUUAUAUUUGCAUUGUGUGCAAAAGGUCAUAUGUAUGUCUUACAAGCUUGCGAAGACAUUUUAACAUUCAUUCUUGGGAGAAGAAGUAUCAAUGCCGUUACUGUGAUAAGGUAUUUCCUCUUGCAGAAUAUCGCACAAAGCAUGAAAUUCAUCACACAGGGGAGCGAAGGUAUCAGUGUUUAGCAUGUGGCAAAUCUUUCAUCAACUAUCAGUUUAUGUCUUCACACAUAAAGUCAGUUCAUAGUCAAGAUCCUUCUGGGGACUCAAAGCUUUAUCGCUUACAUCCAUGCAAGUCUUUACAGAUCAGACAGUAUGCAUAUCUUUCAGAUAAGUCAAGUGCUACGCCUGUCAUGAAGGAUGAUGCUGUUGGGUAUAAGGUUGACGCUGGAAAAGAGCCUCCAGUAGGGACCACAUCUACUCCUCCUCAGAACAAGUCAACGUUCUGGGAAGAUAUUUUUAUUCAGCAAGAAAAUGAUUCCAUUUUUAAACAGAAUGUAACCGACGGCAGUACUGAGUUUGAAUUUAUAAUACCAGAAUCUUACUGAACUCUUGGAUAUCAGGGAGUUUGGGUUGAAAAAAGGGGCAGGGAUUUCAGAAGACCUAUAAAACAAGUCAACGUGAAAACAUGUUAAUUUGAUCUACCAUGUCCUCUGAAAGCCUAGUUGCAUUGUUAAUUUUUAGAAACAGUUUUUCUGAAAAGUUUGAGUAGAGAGUGAACACCCCUGAAGUAUCUGUAUAGUUUAGUUUUCAGCUCAUUUAAAAAGGUAAAUUUUUAAAGGUGCAGGGACAUAGUUUUCUGAAUAGAUUUUGAAGAAAUGUAACUAUUCUUUGAGAAUUACUGGAGUUACUAACAUACUCUAGUACAGCUUAUAAUGUUCCUCUUCCAGGUUAACACUCUACAGCUGACUUUCCAGUUUUCUUAAUAUUAAGACUAAGUGUGUUGUGUUUUAUAUGACAUAAGAAGUGAUGUCCAAAAGUUGUGCUAGUAAAUAUCAAAGUAAGUCCUCACUUAGUGGUUUAUUCUGUCAGUCUAAAUGGAGAUCAGCCUUCUGCUUCUCUCCCACCACAAAAUAACCAUACAAACAAAUCUCUCCUAAGAAGACUGAGUUUUAGCUAACUAGAAUUAAUCAUUGCUUAUAUUGCCAUACUCUGAUUUUGAUGGCAAGGCCACUGUGUACCUUUAAAAUAUGGUCCCGGGGGUAGGGCAAGCUAGCAGACAUGCAUGUAGUGCAGACAGGAGGUUCUUCUGUGCUUAUCUUUGCUCUUCUGCCUUCAUGUGACUGCAGCAGUUGAGUUGAAUGAAGACCUCCUUUUGUUAAUUAUGUUUUAAAAUAUUCCCACAAAAUGCUGUGAAUUUAUUAUCUGAAAGCCACCAAAUACAUCUUUAUGUGUAAUGCUAGUCAAUGUUGAGAUUCCAUAGAUGAGACAUGUGGUUUUGGGGUGGGAAGCUGCUGGCACAGCUUUUAAAUGCUCAUGUUAGACUCUCCAGUGGGAAGUUUUCACUUUAAGUAGUUUAAAUGGCAAUCUAGAACUGUCAUUUCAACAAGGUCUUUUGAGUUUUUUAAAAUAAAGUUUUAAAAUAAGUUCCAAUCCAUGUGCAAACUGCUGCUGUAUUAUAGCAGAAACCAUAACUGGAAUACUACAGGCAUAUCGCUUCCUGUUUGACAAUAAUACCAACUUUCCUCCUUUUAAGAUGGCACAUAUUUAAACACUUAGAAGAAUUUAAAAUUUACCCAAGAGCUAGUAAUAAAAGAAAGCAGGUUGGAACAAAUAUAUAGUUUAGCAUUUAUAACAGAUUUAAUACAAUUCUGUAAAAAUUUAAUGUUUUGCAAUGGAAGAAAUAAUAGAUACUGAAAAUGGUUGUUGGAUAGUUGUUAGUCAUUCGUGACCUUGCUUAUAUAUUUCUUAGUUCAGCGUAGGUAUUUUCAUUCUCUGUAUUUUUGUCUAUUUCUUGACAUUGAACUUAAAGCUUUAAUCAUACUUUUUCAUAUAUAGCUCAUUCUUCUGGGUAAACUAGGUGUGAAGAUAAAAUUCUAAGUGUAUCUUAAGUUGGUAGCUGAGGGUAUCAAAACAAUCAGUAUUUGCAGAAAUACAAAGGAAAAGGAUAGUCCCCGCUUACCAAGAAGUAGAGUGCUGUACAUUUGCAUUUUCUUUUUAAUAAGCUUAGGCCUUCAAACCAUCAUAAGCUAACUCUUAAGAAAACUUAAUACUCACGACUCUGAUGUCUGAUCACAAUAUUCAUUUCCUUUCUCUGUAGCUAUUGAUGGCAUUACCUUUUGAGUAUAGGGUCUGCUCAAAAAGGUUCUCAGUUGAAAUGUGAGCUUCUUGAACGCAGUCUCAGCAGUUAGACAUUACUUCUACCAGUGUCAGUGGCAAUGAUGUUGCGGUGUCAGGUGCUAAGUAAAAUCAGUUUGUCAUAAUAAAACUUGCUAGCUCCUACAAGCCUGUUACAACAAACUGGAAAUUCUAUAAUGGAAAAACUGUCUGUUCUGAAUAACACUGGUAAAGUGACUCACCACUGCUGCUGUGUUCUGUCAGUCUCUAAUAAGGACUUCUAUACUUUGUGCCUACUGAAAAGCAGUUUCUAGAGUAUGCAGGGAAGAGAAGAACUAGAAAGUUAAAUUGUAAUUUGGCCAGGAAGACUCUUACAUGUGUUUGGGGAUUUUUAAAAAUAACUUUAUAUAUCUAAAGUUCAGAGUUUUUUGUGGAAUACUCCUCUGGACAGUAACUCUUUACUCUUAGCCAUUAUUAGAUUGGAAUUUUGUAGCAAAGUGCUAUUUAAAAUCUAUUGUGAAUAUUUUUUUUAAUUUUUACUUAGCUUUCUGACUACUGAUUUUUCUAUUUUUCUUUCAAGUUGGCUUCAAUUUUACUCAAUUGCUAAAUUUUCUGUAGUUAUUUUUGGUAUAAUCUAUUUGAAAUAGUAAAUUUGUUCAAAGAGAAAGCCAACAUUUUUAAAACGUUAUAGCAUUUUUGCAAGAUGGAAUGGAGACAUUUUGUUAUCAUUUUGGUGGUCACUAUCCUUCACACAGAGUCACUGAAGAAUUUGUUCGAUUGGACUAAAAAGAUAAAAACAAAUGAACCCUGCUGUAGGCAUUUAAAAUGUUAUAGUGUGUGUAUUUUGAGGAAUUAAAUGUAAAUUCAAUAGCACUGGCUUCUUUACCUCUGUUAGUCAUAUGAAACCUUGUUCGUUUCCCCAGUUACUGUAAUUUUCAUAUUUGUACAAUCUCCCUUAUUAUGACAUAAGUUCUGCUUUUCAUUAACCAUUACCUGAUACUAGUUCAUAGAGUUUAUGACAAAAUAAAACGUAUUCAUUCUAA